ACGGUCCAUUGGUUUCUUCCAGAUCCAUUAUCAUUUGCCUCUUUGGGACCAAAAAAGGUGAGAUGCCAAAGUAUUGAUGGUACAUUUCUCUAAUAUCUAUGUGGUUGUCACGGUUGCAUCACAUUGUGCCAUAAAUUUAACCAGUACACCCAACAUGUAAUGUGUAUUUUAAAAUGUGUUCAGUUUAAAUGUGUAAAUAUAUGUUUUUCAAUGUAGGUAAAUCAUUAUAGCCUGGUCAUUUGAAUAGCAGCUCCUGAGGCUAAAGAUGUGGGCACUGUUGAUGUACUGUAUUAUUUUUAGAUAUAUUUACAUGUUCUUUGUAAAUGGAUACCUCAGUACCGACUUAUGAUAAUGUCUAGACAGCACUAAAAUACAUUUAGACAGUGGGUUCUCUGCUGUUAGAAAUAUUGUCGUUGCCUGUUGCUGUAGGUGUUGUUUCCUAAUGUGUGAAGGCGGGGACAUGUUUUUGUCCCCACCCAUUGUCACUCAGUGUCAGGUAAGUGAGUUUGGCUGUGACAUUUCAGUGCACGGCAACAAGGCAGACUGCAGGUGAGUUUUCUUCUUCUGUGAGCUACAGGUAAUCAGUAUAGAAGUAGUUUUCAUCUCGUACUUUUAGAUUCCCUGACGAAUGCCAGACAAAGUAAUUAGUGGUAGAUUCAAAAUACCUACAGGAACUCUAACACAUCUUUAUCAGUUCCAUCAGAUUUCCAUUACGUUUUCCUCACCUGUUGUUGUGGCCAAUACUCUGUUAGUAUUGGUUAGCUCAUUCUUAGCCAUUUUUCAAACUAAAAACUACACACACACACACAUAUAUAUAUAUAUGAUAUAUUUUUUCACUUUACUAUUGUCAAAAAAGUCAUGAAAAGUCCAUCACAGUAUUGAACUUUUCCAUCCACACCUUACUUAUCAUUGAACCAUCUUAAUUAUGUUGUGUGAAUUUUACUUUCCUAGAUUUUUAAAUUUUUUUCUAUAGGUGACACGGAUUGAACACAACGUUUUCUGAGACAAUGGACAGGAGUCAGUCGUUAGAAGAACAACAGACUUUAAGCUGGUUCACACAAUCCCACAUUAACUCCAUCAUCAGAAAAGGUAUCAUCCCAGAAUGGUUUCAUGGCGUCAUAUCCAGAAAGAUGGCAGAGGAACUACUAAAGAUCAAGCCUCCGGGUUACUUCCUCAUCAGAGUUAGUGAGAGCAGGGUUGGUUACACUCUGUCUUAUCGAGCCAGCGACCGCUGCAGACAUUUUAUGAUUGACAUACUGGAGGGCGGCCAUUACGUCAUAGUCGGGGAGACUAUGCCCCACCGGUUCCUGCAGGACCUCAUAGACUUUCAUCGUAAAACUCCCAUCAUGCCUUUCAAUGAGGUGUUGACAGUUGCCUGUAAACAAUCUUUAGAUGACAGGAUCAACUAUGCAGAGCUUGUUUUCAACAAAAGACAUCAGAAAUCCAAUGACCUUUUGCCACCAAGCAACCCAAUACAGCCAAAGUGGACAAACAACCAAUCAGAGGAGGAGGUGCCACCUCCACUCCCUUAUCGACAGCAGACUGUGGUCAACUCUGCAGCUCUACAUCCAAGCAGCAAUGAAAACAGACUGUACCCGUCCUUGGAAGAAGAGGUUUCACCCGUGUCUGUGUCAAGGAGUUGGAACAACUCCAGUGCCAAAUAUCCUCCAGCCAAUCAGCCUCCUGAAAUCCCAGCUCGGAACUACAUACCUUCAACAGAGGAUAACCAGACCUAUUUCAGGACCGGCUCUGCACCUGGAAGUCCCUCCAUAUCCAGAGCCAUGGAUCAAUCUACAAAGAGCGACGAUAUGAGGCCCUGGGUGUCAUUCAAUCUGAAGAACCUGAAGAAGAAGUUCAUAAAAAGAAACCCAUCACUGGAGCAUACAUACGCAGAGAUAGCAGAGACACAGGACGUUAAUGAGUACCAGGAGAUCACAGGUGAGUUGAGCACAGGGGGAGCAACAGUUUACUGUGAUCCCCCUGAUGUGACAUUAUCAGAUGGAGUCACACCUUACGAGUACCUGACACCUCCUCCCUUUGCCCCAGGAUACAGAAAAACUUAAGGCUGUAAGACAUAUUAACAGGUUUUGUGUUUUGUACUAAGUACUCUGAUGAAGUUCUCUACGUUUUCUGUACAUUUAAAUCAUGCCAAAUGUUUACACACAUACGUGUUUAGUAAGAAUGAGCCAACUGUCAGAAGUUAGAUGAUAGGUAAAUCAGAAAUGACUCUGCUUUGAAUGCACCACAGCAGGUCUAUCAUCUGUAAAAGGCAGACAACAUAGAAGUUGAAGCAAAAAAA